AUGGGCACCACCAGCAGGAGUGACCUGGAGGACAUCCCCCUGGACGAGGAUGACUCCACCAGCAUCGAAUUCAAGAUCCUGGAAUUCUACGUCCAACACUACGUCUUCAAAAGAAAGACUUCUGUCUUCUCGCCGAAGCUGCUGAGGACAAGAAGUCGGUCCCAGCAGCUGGGGCUGGGGAGCAGGUCACCCAGUGAGUCAUGGACACAGGUAUCAGGGCACUGCAGAAAUUCCCCAUCCACUGAGAAGUCUGUCAACCUUGCCAAGAAGAAGUCUUCUUGGAGAACAUUGUUUGGAGUGAUAGAGAGGGAGGAAGAUUCCCAGAGUGUGCCCACCCUCCAGAGCGCUCCUACCUCCCAGUUUAAAGGCCCAGGAAUCGAGAGUGAGGGGACCUCCUGCAGUCAGCCACGGUACAGUUCCCUUUUGAACGUGGAGCAGCGUGUGGUGGAGGAAGUUGUGGCCCCUGAAGUUGUUUCCAUUGCCAACCGAGUUGCUGAAAUUGUUUAUUCCUGGCCACCGCCGGAAGAGUUCCACCUCCAAGGAUCAUCUGAACCCAAAAAGUCUUUUUCACUGCGGAGUCUCAACUUCCAAUCGCAGGGGUCCCAGCCCAGACCAGCCGGUGUUAAGAAAGAUGCAGAUGACCAAGUCAUAACCAAAAUCGUUGAGGUGUUGAAACAUUCAGGGGAUCAGUUGGAAAGAGAGUUGAGGAGAGACAAGAGCUUGAUGAGCAGCUUCCAGGACGGGCUGUCCUACUCUGUUUUCAAGACCAUCACGGACCAGUUCCUCCAGGGUGUGGACACCAGGGGAGAGUCCGAGGUCAAAGCUCAGAGCUUUAAGGCUGCUCUUGCAAUAGAUGUCAUGGCCAAACUCACGGCCAUCGACAACCACCCCAUGAACAGGGUGCUGGGCUUUGGAACCAAGUACCUGAAAGAGAACUUCUCGCCCUGGGUCCAGCAGCAUGGUGGAUGGGGAAAGGUACUUGGAACAUCACAUGAAGUGGACUGA